AUGGAGAAGACGUACUCGCUCACGGCGCAUUACGACGACUUCCAGGAGAUCAAGUACGGCAGUCGUUAUAGCAGCAGCACGCUGAGUAACGGCAUGAGUCUACAACUGGGCGGAUCCCUGGACCCCGGGGGCGGGGCUCCGGCCCGCUGGAGCCGGCGUGAAAUCUGCCUGCUUUCUGCGCUAGUGUUCGCGGCGGGGAUGUGUGUGAUUCUCGGAUGCAUGCUGGCACUGAAGUUUCUGUCGCUGGAAGCGCAGGAUUCUCAGUGUCGUCAGGAUUGCGUGAAGCGGCGCUCGCUGCUCCGGGCCACGCGCUUCGUCCAGGGGAACGUCGACCCGAGCGUCCAGCCCUGUCACGACUUCUUCAGCUUCGCAUGUGGCGGGUGGCUCCGGAGACACGGUAUACCGGAGGAUAAACUGAGCUACGGGAUCAUCACCGCCAUCGGAGAACAGAACCAGGAGAAGCUGCGGCGCCUCCUACAGGCGCCGGUGCAGAGGAACGAGCCGGACAGUGCCGAGAGAAAGAUCACUGUAUCUGAAUACGACGACCAAAGAAAGGACAUCAGCAGCGUGUACAACCGAAUAACACUGAAACAACUGCAGAAAAUGGCUCCAAGCUUCCACUGGAAGCGUUUGUUAGACCGGAUCUUCAAUGAUAAUUUCUCAGAGGAAGAGGAGAUCGUAGUUUUGGCCACUGACUACAUGCAGACGGUGUCGGACAUCAUUAAAACCACGUCUAAACGGGUUCUUCAUAACUACAUGUCGUGGCGUAUCGUGGCGGCGCUGAGCGAGCAUCUCUCCACCGCGUUUCGCAGCACGAUUCACGAGUUCUCGCGCGAGAUCGACGGAGGAGAGCGGCAGCUGGAUCUGGAGCGGCUGUGUCUCAAUCAGGCCAGCAAACACUUCGGCAUGGCCCUCGGCGCGCUCUUCGUCCAGCAGCACUUCUCCUCCUCCAGCAGAGCCAAGGUGAGCAGCACUGAGCUCAGGACCGUUCAUCGCCUCAGAAGUCACUUCAGAAGCUGGCUUCUUCCACCACAAGCUUUAAAUGCGUAUUACCUGCCAAACAAAAACCAGAUGGGUGAGUUUCAUCUAACACACCUGAACAUUGACAUACAGAAGUGGAAAGCUUGGUAUCAAGAUUUCUUCUAA